AUGCACAAGCUCUGGCGCGGAAGCACAGCCCAUGGCCCUGUCCUCUGCACUGUGGACUGGCUUGAAUCCAAGGCCUCUCGCGCGCUUCCGAAGGUCCCGCUUUUCCGCAUUCUAAUGCCAGCCCUCCGCCUCCGCCCUACCCCUUCCGACGCUCUUCUUCGCGGGAGCCACGGUCAACAGAGCCAUUCUCCAAUCUGGCGCUGCGUUCUUCCCCGGCAAGCUCGGGCCCCGCCCUCGUCCCCGUCGCUGCGUGGCGGCAGGGGGAGGAGCUUCAGGGCGGUGGAGGCAGUGAGGAAUCGGGAGAAAAGUGGGAACUUGGAGGGGUCUGGUGAACAAGAGAGGAAGGAAGAGGAUAGCAGCGGAGAGGAGGAAGUUGGGGUCGUCGAAGAGGAGAGGAAUUCCUCCAGGGCGUUGCAGCAAAGGUCGUCGGAAAACCGCAGCAGGGUGGUGGAAAGGAGAGCUAGGAGCGGAGGUUCCAAUGCCCCACCCGUGGGGAGUCUGGAGCUCUUGGAGAUUCCUGGAGUUGGGCCUCGCAAUCUCAAGAAGCUGGUGGAUAAAGGUUUUCAACGAGUGGCCGAACUCAAACAACUCUACAGGGAUAAGUUCUUUGGGAAAUCUAGCCAGAAGAUGGUUGAAUAUUUACAGAGCUCAGUAGGAAUUAUUCACAAGAACCAUGCAGAGAGCAUAACCUCCUUUAUCAAAGAAAGUGUGGAUGAAGAGUUGAAAGAGGAAACUGCUGAAUCUGAUGGCAAGCCUAUACAAAGGAAACGACUCACUUUCUGUGUUGAAGGAAAUAUUAGUGUUGGAAAGACUACUUUCCUGCAAAGAAUAGCUAAUGAAACUAUUGAGUUACGUGAUCUUGUAGAAAUAGUACCCGAACCUAUCUCCAGAUGGCAGGAUGUCGGUCCUGAUCACUUUAAUGUACUGGAUGCUUUCUACGCAGAACCACAAAGGUAUGCCUACACUUUCCAAAAUUACGUGUUUGUGACAAGGGUCAUGCAGGAAAGAGAAUCUGCUGGUGGAAUAAAACCCCUCAGGCUAAUGGAAAGAAGUGUUUUCAGUGAUAGAAUGGUUUUUGUGCGUGCUGUUCAUGAAGCCAAUUGGAUGAAUGAGAUGGAGAUUAGCAUCUAUGACUCAUGGUUUGACCCUGUUGUGUCAUGUCUUCCGGGACUCAUCCCUGAUGGGUUCAUUUAUCUUAGAGCUAGCCCUGAUACCUGCUACAAGAGAAUGAUGCUCCGUAACAGGGCAGAAGAAGGUGGUGUCACCUUGGAUUACUUGCGAGGCUUACAUGAGAAGCAUGAGAGUUGGCUGUUCCCUUCUCAGAGUGGAAAUCAUGGUGUGCUGUCAGUCAGUCAGCUACCAUUCCAUAUGGAUAGCUCCUUGCAUCCUAACAUAAGAGAUCGUGUGUUCUAUUUGGAAGGUGAUCAUAUGCAUUCAAGUAUCCAGAAGGUUCCCGCUUUAGUGCUGGAUUGUGAACCCAACAUUGACUUCAGUAAGGAUAGUGAAGCUAAAAGACUGUAUGCCCGGCAAGUUGCAGAAUUCUUCGAGUUUGUGAAGAAAAAGAAAGAAGCUUCUCCUUCAGAAACUGCUACUGAUGGAAAGAACAAAAUCCAACAAGUAGUGCUUCCUGCCAAAGAGGGUCUGUGGGUCCCAGAAGGCAGUCGUUUCCCAGAAUCUGCCCUAAAAUCUCUGGACUUCAGGAGAGCCAUGUCAUUCCUCUCUGGUUAGCUGCUGCUCCAGCAAUCAAUCAAUACUCUUGCAGAUAUGCAAGAAGUCUUAUUCAAUGAGAUGAAGGAUUUUAGUAAUCUGGAAUAUGGCUCAUGUUCUAGACACGUGUCAUGUUGAUUCAUCUGGAGCUAGUUUUGGCUCCAGAAAGAUACUAGGUCCAUGAUGGAAGAAUGUUAACUUGUAGAAAAUCUGGUGUUUGUGUCAAUGUAACAUGGUAGGAGUUGUCGUCUUGCAUGUAAAUGAUUUGAUGUUGUAUGGUUAUGGUAGUUCUAAUGGUUGACAUCUGCUUCCCAAA